UGUGUGUUAUGGAAAAUGUUUUGAUCAUAUUUCUCAAAGUCAAAGAAGGUGCCAUAUGUGGUCUCCUUAUGUUCAUUUUACAAGAAGCCAACGGUUAAACGAUGAAAGGGGCAAAACAACUAUUUAAAGUGGUGAAUAUUGAUCACCGAACGCAACAGUUUUAUCUUACUCGGAGGACCAAUCAAAGCGCCCGGCGGGACCGCGUCAUCGGAGAGCGCACCCAAUCGGCGCAUGCGUCUCACGGGCGAGCGCAGCGGGGCAAAGAUGGCGGCGCCCUCCGAUUUGCUGGAUGAUGUGUUCUUCAACACGAAGGUGGACGAAAAAGUAGUUAAUGAUGUUGUCGGAUCUCUGGAGUCCGAGCUGACUCGAGAGAGGCGAGUCAACGCAGAGGCCAGCGUUCAGGUGACGUCAAAUCACGCCGGAAAUUCCGCUGUAGGUCGCAAUUCCGAUGUUGAGGGAAGCAAAAUGGGACUUUCACAACAAGAGCGCGCUAAAUCAGGGGCAGGAGUGCAAGGAGGUGUCAUUAGCAGCGCGGGGUCCCGCGGUCCGAGCGCGGACGCCGCGGCCGAGACCACGUCGAGCGUGACAGCCGCUCACAGCCCGUCCAAGCCGGGGACUUUGAAUGGAAGUGCCGUUGUGAUGACCUGUCACAUCACCGGCAACAACAACAACAACAACCACUCCUCCUCCUCCUCCCAGCCGGCCGCCACCCUCGUCAGCAACGGACCUGUAUCUGUGAGCAAAGGAAGCGCAACGGUGCCGAGUGCCAUUAUUAAAACUUCCCCGGCGACCGUGCCCACCGUCACGCUGGCGAGGCCCCCUUUGCAAACUGACGACGCGGCGCUGACGUCACCGGCGGUCGGCGUCAACAAGUUGGAGCCGGCGAAAGGCGCGAUGCAGAGCGCCGCGAGGAGCCCGUCCGUGCUGCAGAGCCCGAGGACGCCGGUAGCUCCCCCCGGCGGAAUACGAGCCAUCGCCCCGCAGGUGUUCGCUCCUCGACUCGCGCAGCCUCAGCAGGGCGCCCCGAACAUCCAGAACAUCCAGCUCCCUCCAGGCAUGGUCUUGGUGCGGAGUGAGAGCGGGCAGCUUCUGGUGAUUCACCAGCAGACCCUGGCUCAGAUGCAGGCACAGUCGCAGUCCCAAAGCGCCAUGACACCCCGACCGGCAGCCCCCACCAGCACUCCACCUGUCCAGAUCGCGUCUCUGCAGGCUCCGGGGGCGUCACCGCUGGCUCGUCCCGUCGCCCCCACCACCAUCAUCAAACAAGGGUCCGCUGUCCAGGCCACCGCGACGCCCACCACCACCUUGCAGAGGCCCCCUGUGCUGCAGAACACCAUCGUGCUGGGAGGGACGGCCCCCGGGCAGCCGCUGGCAACGCCCACCCCGGUGCAGCCGGCUCCUGCGUCCGCACAGAGGGCCACGGGGACCCCUGUCACUCCAACAGCUGUCACAGCUGAGACGCUGGAGAAUGUGAAAAAAUGCCGGAACUUUCUGUCCACGUUGAUCAAGCUGGCGUCCAGCGGAAAGCAGUCCUCCGAGACCACGGCCAACGUCAAGGAGCUCGUCAAGAAUCUGCUGGAAGCGAAGAUCGAGCCAGAAGAUUUUACCAGUAGGUUGUACCGUGAGCUCAGCUCCUCGCCGCAGCCGUACCUUGUGCCUUUCCUGAAGAGGAGUCUCCCAGCGCUGCGUCAGAUGACCCCGGACCCCGAGUCCUUCAUCCAGCAGAGCCUGCUGCCUCUGCCCGGCCCUCAUCCCGCUGCAGCCACCUCCGCGGCCCUCACCGCCGUGAUGCUGCGACCUGCCCCCCCCACGGCCUCCACCGGCCCCACCGCAACCAAGACCACCGUCGUCAGCCUCACGCAGACACCUACCAGCAAACCCGCACUGAUGGUUGCCCAGCAACACGGGACGCUAGUGAGGCCACAGGUGACGCUGGCUCGGUCUCCCAUGGCAACCCUCAGAGGACAACCUCACAGCCGCAUCAUUGUGAGCCACCCGCAGGUGGUCAAGCAGCAGCCGACAGCAAUGAAGCAAACGUUGGCUCUGGGGGCAAAAGGGGUGCAAGUGGUCAGUCAGUCCUCCCUCAUUGCUGCGCAGAGGAACAAGCUGAAGGAAGCAGCAGGAGGAACCUUCAGGGAAGAUGACGACAUCAAUGAUGUGGCCUCCAUGGCCGGGGUCAACCUGUCAGAGGAGAGCGAUCGUAUCUUGGCGACCAACUCUGAGCUCGUCGGCGCGGUGACUCGCUCCUGUAAAGACGAGGCCUUCCUCUCCACGCCUCUCCUCGCCCGGAGAGCUCUGGAGAUCGGGAGGAAGUUUGGUGUUGGCGAGCUGGGCACCGACGCCGCCAACUUCAUCUCCCACGCCACGCAGCAGCGGCUACGCCACCUGCUGGAAAGGGUGUCUCUAGCGGCGCAGCAGAGGAACGCCGCCUUCAAGGAGGACGAGCAGUGCGAGCAGGUCAACGACGCGCGGGCCCAGCUGAGGUUCUUCGAACAGCUGGAUCAGAUGGAGAAGCAAAGGAAGGAGGAUCAGGAGAGAGAGAUCCUCUUGAAGGCCGCCAAGUCCCGGUCACGGCAAGAAGACCCCGAGCAGCUCCGUCUGAAACAGAAGGCCAAAGAGAUGCAGCAGCAGGAGCUCGCUCAGAUCCGGCAGAGGGAGGCCAACCUAACGGCGCUGGCGGCCAUCGGCCCGAGGAAGAAGCGCAAAAUGGAGUCCCCGGUCCGGGGCGCUGGCGCCGAGGGCUCGGGGCCGGGCCCCUGUCAGCCGGGGGGCUCCAGACAGUUCGGGCGGCAGCGCAUCACCAGGGUGAACCUCCGGGACCUGCUCUUCUGCCUGGAGAACGAGAGAGGAACCCGCCGCUCACACCUGCUCUACAAGGGCUUCCUCAAAUAGCCUGCAGUCCACUUCCUGCCUCCUCAACAGGUCGAGCCGGGACGCGUCGGUUCUCGCGAACUUUUGCAGGACUUCAGAGGUUUGUCUCGUGGAAACGGAAAGUGUUGCUUUUAUGUUCUCGAUGGGUUCUUGACCGCUCGCCGCUCUGAUGGUUUUCACUGUAAACACAGUACUCUGAUUCGUAUUGUAGCACGUUCACUACAAAGACGCUGUGUUUUUCAUUCGUCUCCUUAAUGACGAUAAAAUUCCCUACACGGCAGGGAACAACUGCUCCGAGGUGAUUCCACUGCACAAAUGACUUUCUGAAGCCUGCAGAUUAUCUGCUGCAAAAAGAAUAGCGAAAGAUUCAAAUUGUAAAAACAAUCACUUUGGAUUUCCUUUCUAUUUGAUGAAAUGCACCCAAAGAGCAGCAGACCUUUUUAAGGAGGAGUUAAAUUCUCGCUCAUGCUCGCUCCAUUCUGCAUGGCUGAAAGUCGGGGGAGGUAGUGGUUGUUAAAAUUGUAGAGCAACCAGGCCGGGAUGUGAAUUAGAAUUAUUUUUAGGUUUGGGAAAGGAAUCCCAAUAAUGGUGUUGAUACGUCAUUUUAAGCCUGAAACAUAUUUUCCUGAAAGUUUUAUGUCCCUGUUUUUAUAUUUAUGAACAAUGCAGGAUGAUCACAUUUCGAAAUGAACUUUUAAUAUUAGCGCACAUACUAAUAUUUGUCUUUAAAAACGUUGCUUAUUUUAUGAGAGAAUGUUUAUUAUCAUAUUUUAUUACUGUAUAUACCAAGUUUGCUUUUUGUAGGUUUAUCAGUUGGCGAUUCGUCUUCUUUUCCAAACCGGAGAAAUUACAAAUAAAACAAACAGCAUAUUUUUUGCCAAUAUCUUGUACAUUUUGCACAGACACUUGUUUAUAUGUAAAUAUCUGAAUUUAAAAAAAGUUUUUAAUUGCUAUUUUAUAAUGGACUGAAAGAGAAUGAUCUCUAUUAAAAAGACACAGCAAAAGAGCAUCUACAUCUUAACUGUCUUUGUUAUUGU